AUGAUACCCACUCCCCUCGUUCCGCAGGCGGGCAGCGAGCUAGAUGACAUCCUGCGAGCAGCACAGAUGCACUUGCCACCGCUCAGCACGGAUGCUGCCAACAUACAGGAGUCAGCUCGAUCGCUCAUCACAACGACGCAAAAGGCACGCAUGGCCAUUGCACAAGACGUUGUCGACUCGGCACCAUUUUACACGAGGCAUGCGGCUGUGACACGGGCGAAAGCGCUGCAGGACGAGCUGAUGGAUCGGGCGCAGUCGCAUCUGAUAAGACAGCUAGACCAGAUGCAGAGGUUGGAGGAGGUCGAGUGGAAGCUGCAUCGUGGGUUCAAGGAAGGAGCGGCUGAGACGGAGCAGGGCGGCUCGAGAUUCACGAGGCACACGCUACAGCCGGGGAAAUGGAAAGUGGCAGAGACAGGGAUGGCUCACGAUACGACUCUGAAACAGAGGAUCGAGUACGUGGGAGUGCGUAUCAAGGAGAAUGUGCGGAAUAUCGACCCGAUGGCAGCCACGAGGCGGUGGCGGAUUCGUCGGCUGAUGCGCAAGCUCUCGGCACCGCCACUCUCAGUCGGCGGAUCACCGUCGUCGUCGUCGUCGUCGGUGUCGUCGGAUGCACCAGUGGCGUGGGAUAUGCGUCAGCUCAGGGCAAGACUGUCGUCGGUGACAGCGCUCAAGUCGACGCAAUCGGAGUCCGCAGCGGCCGAAGCUAGAGAUGCAUCUGCAGCGGCCCGGGAAGAAAGCGCACCAGCGAUUCAGUCGGACCUCGUCCUGCAGAGCUCACCGAAGCGGAUGCAGAAACAGACAAUCGGCAAAGAUCGAGCGCCGACAAACAAGGAGCCGUUCAAAGCAGGUUGGGUCCAGACCUACAUCAAAGCGCAAGGUGGUCGAGCGCCAGAUUGGAAUGUUCCGAUACCGGCCAUGGAGAAUCCUGUCAUGGUGGCUCCAGCUUGA